AUGUCGUCCCCAAAACCCCCAGCCGAACAACCCUCGGCAUCUCCUCAAAAGACUGCAAAGGAGAUUGAGGACUCGAUAAUGAUGCCCCCACCUCCACCUCCAGCACCAAAAGUCAUCUUGGACCCAGAAAUGAAUGCAUUGCUGGAAGCGCUGAAGAAUGCGGCUGCGCAAGCAGGAUUGGCACUCAAAUUCUACAAUACCACGCUCCAACACGGAGUGAAGCACGUCCAACCACCGCAAUCAGUGACCGCAGCCCUUGGACGAGAGAUCGAGCGAUACGAUCAAAUAUGCGACUGUAUGGAGGCUCACGUCCUUCGCUCACUUGCCGUACUUCAACGCGACCUCAAAAAGGAAGAAAAGAGGAUCGAGGACGAACAAAAGGCGCUCAAGGCGAAGCAGGACGAGGAGGGCAAAGCGGCCGGAACACCACCGCCGCAAGACACGUCCGACGCUCAGGCUCUUAAAGCAGAUGCGACUUUACCUUCUCUACCCAACAGUUCCCCAGUGUCCAGUCAUUCAGGAAGGCGCCCCUCCGCCAUAUCAAUUUCGUCUCUACAUAGACCAUCGCUUCCCGGCAAGCUGGAUCUGUCAUCGGCCACAUUCCGUCUCUCCGCAAAUGAGGACGAUGCAAUCUUCCAAAGUGGACUGGCGUCCCCUGUUACCCUCGCACCCAAAUCCGCCCGUCCCCUGGGGCCAAACGAGCUUCCACCAGACUUCAUGUCAGCGUUCGGGGGCACAAGCUCAGACCAGGGGGGAAGGCCACCCGACAUUGACCUUACCUUGGCCCCGGUCAUGCAGGCCUCGACUCAAUCUGCAAUGGAUCUUACCCUGGGGGAUUCGUCAGACAAGCCCAUCGAACUGGACUUGGACAUGGAUAUGACGGAACUCUUCGGGGAGGAGCCCGAUUCCGCUGGAACGGCUCAGGAUGCUAUUCCUAACACUGAUGGCCUAUUCUCCCAAGGAGAAGGGCCUCAAGACGCAGCUGCCUUCCUGACCGAGUCUCAGAAUACUCUACUAUCGGCCUUGGCUGCUGCGGGCCACUCUGGCGCUUCUCAAUCUGCGAAAGAGGAUAUGCCAUCUCCAGGUACUUUGCUUCGUUCCUUCCCUUCUCCGGCGAAUCCAGAAACCGAAAACAAUGAAAACAACGAAGAGUUCAACUUUGACAACUUGAGCCUGUCUCUGGGUUCCGAGUUCUUCGCCAACAAUGGGCAACCAUCGGCGGACAUGAACUUUGACUUUUCGACGAUGGGUAAUACUGUCGACGAGAAUGUCAAAAAAGCAGACGCCGCAUAA